CUAAGUUUUAACUUUUAGUGUGUGAUUACUGAUUGACGACUUGUUUAAGAGAAAAAUCAUUAAUUUGUGUACUUUUACCUUAAAUCUGAAUAUAUAACGUUUACUACUACACUCUAAAAUAGCGAAAUAUUAUUUUUCUAUAGUGAUAAUCAUAAGUAAUUCACAGUAGUCGUUACUUGAAUGGUGGCUAACGUUAUAUUAUCCUCUAUAUUACCUAUAUCCGCAAACACACAAAAAAGUAAUUGUUAUAAUAAGAGUUUUAUUUCAACGAAGUUAAAAUUAGUUUUUUUGUGAUGCAUACUACUAUGAGCUCGCAGCAAAGUCCAGCCAACAUGCAAACGGUUGUGGACAGAGAAAAGAUUUAUUCCUGGAUAUUAGAACUAUGCAAUCCUGAAACUCGGGAAAAUGCACUCUUGGAACUUAGUAAAAAGAGGGAAGUUGUACCAGAUUUGGCACCAAUGCUAUGGCAUAGUUUUGGCACUAUAGCAGCACUGUUACAGGAAAUAACUAACAUUUAUGUGGCUAUGAUUCCGGCAACUCUGACAGCACAUCAAAGCAAUCGAGUUUGUAAUGCAUUAGCUUUAAUGCAGUGUGUUGCAUCUCAUCCAGAGACAAGGUCAGCUUUUUUACAAGCUCAUGUUCCGCUCUUUCUUUAUCCUUUUCUUCACACAGUUUCCAAAACUCGCCCUUUUGAAUAUCUCCGCCUUACCAGUCUCGGAGUAAUAGGAGCAUUAGUCAAAACAGAUGAACAAGAAGUUAUAACAUUCCUAUUAACUACUGAAAUUAUUCCUUUGUGCUUACGUAUUAUGGAAAAUGGAUCAGAAUUAUCAAAGACAGUAGCUACAUUCAUCUUACAAAAAAUCCUAUUAGAUGAUAGUGGCCUGUGUUAUAUAUGUCAAACAUAUGAUAGAUUUUCCCAUGUAGCUAUGAUAUUAGGAAAAAUGGUAUUAUCUCUAGCUAAGGAUCCAUCUGCAAGGCUUCUUAAACAUGUUGUCAGAUGUUACUUACGCUUAUCAGAUAAUCCUAGAGCUAGGGAAGCUUUGAGACAAUGUCUUCCAGAUCAAUUGCGUGAUGCUACAUUUACUGCUUGUUUACAAGAAGAUAAUUCUACUAAGCAUUGGCUUGCACAAUUAAUCAAGAAUUUAGAAGCUCAACCAGCACCAGCAAGUCCUGCUCAAGCAAACAUGUACAGAUCAACAUGAAUCCAGUAGCAUAAUAUGAAGUUGUAAAAUGGACUGUAAAAAUUUACAAAAAUAAAUUUUAUAGUUUUGUA